AUGUAUUCCCUGGAGGAGGUCCGCCUGGGCUGGCUUCCCUCCGGCCUGGUUGUGGAUCCCCGCGUGGGAAAUCAGCUGAACAACUAUGAGUACGAGUUCAAGCCCGUCCAUGGAAACGGGUCUUGUGCGUGUUACAAGUGCAUUCCUGCGAGUGCCCCGUGCGUUCAGGCGACCCUCAUCCUGACGCGGAAAGUCCUGGGACAUCUCCUGGGCACCUUCCUUCCGUCCGGUCUCUUCGUGGCGGUCUCGUGGGCGUCGCUCUUCUGGCCCGCUGACGUCAUCCCCGGCCGCACGGUGUUGGUGAUUACGUCAUUGCUCACGCUCAUCUCCAUGCACACAGCUGUUAGACAGAUCAGCCCAGAGACGAGUUACGUGAAGGCCGUCGACGUCUGGAUGUUCAUGUGCAUCGUCCUCUCGCUCCUCACGCUCUUCGAGUACGGGGUCGUCCUUGUUAUACGGAAAGCGCCUCGCGGGAGGACAGCACCGGCCCCCACCGCCGUGCAGCAGGUAACGAGGGACUAG